UGUGACUGUGGUGAAUCUCCUUGUAAGAUAUCACGAAAUAUGAUUAACUAUUGUUAGCUCUAGGUUUUGUUCCGAAACUGUAUCUGGAUUAAGACUUCUGCCUCGUCGAUCACAAUAUAACGUGACUAUAUACCCGUAACUGGUGUUUUUUGAACCGGUUUUACCACAUACCAUGAUUACUGGCCUGUUGGAGAGCGGUGGUGUUACUACCGUACUGACCGCACUGUUAGAAGGUUGUGCUUGUUCAUUCAAGACGGCGAAGUCCGCGAAUUUUUCAUUUAUAUCAAUUUGAUACCUGUCCGCAUUAGCCUUCAUGGAUAAACGAAUCGUGAUACUAGGCGCUGGUCCAACGGGUCUUGGAGCUGCCACUCGACUGCACGAGUUGGGCCAUCGUAACUGGCUGCUCCUAGAGGGCGCUAGUGAGCCGGGAGGAUUAGCCUCCUCAGUGAGAGACGACAAUGGCUUCCUCUGGGAUAUGGGCGGUCACGUGAUCUUCUCGCACUACAAAUACUUUGACGACGUCAUCACGACUUUCGUUCCCGAUUGGCUGCAUCACCGGCGCGAGGCGUACGUCUGGAUGUGCGACCGAUUCAUUCCGUAUCCGCUGCAGAACAACAUACAUCGGCUGCCGCCGCUUGAGCGGGAAUCGUGUCUGCAAGGUCUCAUCGACGCGCAGCAGCAGGCGACGCCGACGCCGACGCCGACGAAACCGGCGACGUUUCAGGAUUGGAUCGACAGGAACUUCGGGAAGGGUCUCGCCAGGUUGUUUCUCAAUCCGUACAACUUCAAGGUGUGGGCUUACAGGCCGUCGGCGAUGACCGCCGACUGGGUGGGCGAGCGCGUUGCCAAGGUCGACGUCAAGCGAAUCGUCGACAACAUCGCCUCCAAUCGAGACGACGUCGCCUGGGGUCCGAACUCGCAAUUUUCCUUUCCGGAGAACGGCGGCACGGGCGCCAUCUGGCGGGCGGUCUACGAUCACCUGCCGGCCGACAACUGCCGACUGAGCAGCGAGGUCGUGCGAAUCUACGCCGACGAGAAACUCGUCGAGUUGCGCUCGGGGGAGACGCUCGCCUACGACGCGCUCGUCGCGACGGCACCGCUCGACAGCACGCUGCGACUGCUCAGCGGCUCGCGUCUAGCGGCGAUGAAGUCCCUUGCCGACAUUCCCGUCCACUCUUCGAGCCACAUCGUCGGCCUCGGCUUGCGCGGACAGCCGCCGGCGCACGUACGCGGCAAGUGCUGGCUGUACUUUCCCGAGGACGACUGCCCCUUCUACCGCGCCACCGUCUUCUCGCACUACUCGCCCAACAACGUGCCGCAGCCCGGCCGCCAGUGGUCGCUGAUGAUGGAGGUGAGCGAGUCGCCGGAGAAGCCGCUGGCAGGUGACGUCGUGCAGGCGACCGUCGACGGAGCGACGAACACGCGACUCGUGCCCGAUCCGGCGCACGUCGUCAGCCGCUGGCACACGCGGCUCGAGUACGGCUACCCGACGCCGUUCGUCGGCCGCACGAAGUUCCUCGAGGCAGUUCAGCCGCAGCUCGAAGAGCUUCAGAUCUACUCGAGGGGCCGCUUCGGCGGCUGGAAGUACGAGGUCAGCAACCAAGAUCACAGCCUGAUGCAGGGCGUCGAGGCUGUCGACGCGAUUCUGCUAGGCGGCGAAGAGCUGACGUACCACCGACCGAACGUCGUCAACGCAAAUAAGGAAGAUUUAAAUACGUGCAGGCGAUUUCGGCCACGCUAUAUUUGUUAGGCAGCUACAUUACUACAGUGUACAGUGUACGUUGUACUACUAACAUCUAAAUUAUCCACUAAAUUCUAACCUGUACAUCUACUACUAUACAGAACACAUGCACUUGGAACGUUUCGAUAAUCAAAUGAUGGUAGAUAAACACGAAAUGUAUUUACGACCAAAGUCUUAAU